AUGGUGGUCGCCCUUACGUUUGUGACUUUUAUGUUGGCCGGUACAUCUUGUAUCUUGGCGUCAACCCCCGUGACGCCACACAAAGCCUGCGGUGUUCGAGGUCAGAGCAGCGUAACCGGUGCCAAGAUCACGGGUCCGAGCUUUCAGAUCAUUGGCGGCGAAGACGCUGAACCACAGGAGUUCCCCUGGCAGAUUUCGCUGCAGUACAUAGUUCCUUCCGGCAACAACUUGGGCCACGGCUGUGGAGGUUCCAUUAUCAACAAGCAAUACGUUCUCACCGCAGCGCACUGCGUUGAUAGGGUUGCUCCGAAUAGCCGUCUGGUCAUUGUUGGAGAAUACAACCUUAACCAAACUGACCCCCUCGAAAGAAAAGUUGCAGUUUCAUCCAUCACGAUCCAUCCAAAAUAUAAGACGGGUGGUGUGAUGUACGACUACGCCCUUCUGAAGCUGGAGACACCGCUGGACUUCAGUGGUGCUGACAAGGGUCUGAUGCCCAUCUGCCUUCCCACGAAGAACCAGGGGUUCGCGAAUCAGACAUGCACCGCAAGCGGAUGGGGAUUCACGAAACCUAGUAAGAGAGGUGUCUUCCCUCAGAUUCUUCAGAAAGUGGACUUGCAUAUUGUGUCUUUGGAAGAAUGCAGAAAGGCUUACGGACACUACACAGUGAUGGAGGACUGCAUGAUCUGUGCCGGUUUCAAAGAAGGCAGGAAGUCGACCUGCUAUGGCGACUCGGGAGGACCCCUCCAAUGUGUGUACAACAGACGGUCUCUACGUACUGGCCGGGGCCACAUCGUUCAGUGAAAGCUGCGAUUCACCCAAUUCCCCGGAUGUUUUUGCCAGGACCUCUACGCAGCUGGAGUGGAUCGAGAGCAUCGCCGGGGCGACCCCCUGAACGCAAGGAUUCUCGCCUGACGUCACUUUUUAAGCCGCAGGAAAACUGUUCACACACCUUACAAAAAACUGAGCGUUCGCUGCAAAUAUGAUGGAAGACGUCCCUUCGGAAACGACUCGCGUGACUUCCAAGCAUGUUCGCUUCAUGCAUGCCUUCAACAUGACUUCUGACGGUAUUUUGUACGAUGUGUUAACAGUGUAGCAGCGGUUUUGUACUUUGUCAAUAAAAAGAAAAUGAGUUGAAACAUGCAAUCCAGAUUCACGGGGUGUUUGUUCCGAU